GUGGUCUAGUGUGAUUCAGAUCAGGGCAUUAAACAUGGGUAACUGAGUUUGAUGCACUGUCCUAUCUCUCUUUGUCACGUUGAAUUAAGUCCUGGCCUGCUUGCAUUUCAGGGCAGCUGCUGUGCGCGGAUAAAACUUUGAAUGUGAAAACUACUCUGUGAGCUUCUCUGGAAUUCAGAACGGCCGUCAGAAAAAGACAUCUGGAGACAUUCUGAUUUGCACUGUAAUAUUUACCAGACUGAAAGACCAGUGCCUGCCACCAGGCUGUAUGUAAUUAUUAUUGGCAAGAUAAAUAUGAAUAUUGUGCUAUGCAUGCAUACAUAGUGUGAAUGUACACACACAUACGCACUCCAACACACAACGUGCCUUUUUUCACUGUCCUGCUCUCAGUUAUACUUCGGUGACUGAUCACUUACUGAUAAUAUCAAGUACAAAACUGGUUUUCACUCACACUUUACUUAGCCUACUCUUCUGUCUGUAUUUCAGUCAUAUUGUCAGUACCUGCUCACUUCUUUCAUUUAAACAGUAGCUACUGUCAUUUCUACGGGAGUUUCUGGUGACAGGGUGUUUGGGGAAGUGAUCCUCAGUUUCAACAGCCUGCUGUAAAAUGAGUGUGAAAUGACCAAUCUAAUACUUAUGGGCUGUGAGUUUGUGAUUUACAUCAAGCUUUAUUUAAAAUAUUUUAAAUUUGUCAUUUUUGCUAUCGGACUCAUACGCCACUCCACCGUAUAGACUGCAAUGAGAAGAUAUGUUAUCAUAGUCCUGAAGUGUACUCGCCGAUGGAAAGCAUGGAAAAUAUGCUUUAUACUCUGACAAACGAAUUCCUCCUCACCGACCCAAACAUGCACAUAAUGCAGCCCAGCUACAACAGGUUCCAUGACCCACACACUCGCAGGUACUUUCACCGGAAGGACCUGCGAAACAAGUUACAGAAGGAUAACUUCAUUACAGAAGACAAUGAGGUGACAUGCACUCUGAAGGAGUACAGAUUACAUCAGAUGUACCUUGAAAACCUCAAGCGUGCCUCAGACCAAACCAUGAAUGAGAUACAGAGGGACCAGCUGCGGAAAUUCCUGACGUGUCGGGAGGAAGGGCGGAUUCCCAGCGACGUGACCCUGGCGGAGAUGAGGGAGAUCCUGCUCGACGAGGAAGUGCAGGGCCUGCGGCAGCAGCUUCAGGCCAGCUUGGACUGGGGGAAAAUGAUUAAGAGACUACCGGACAGGGAGCAAGAGUAUUUCAAGGAGAUGAACCUGCUGAAUUGGAAGGCGGGGGAGCGGGCGCGGCUCAGAAGGAUUGAGAGAGAGGUGAGGCACGAGUGGAACCGGGAGAGGCAGCUGAAAGAGGCCCAGCAGAAGAGAUCCCAAAAGAAAAUCAGUACACUGGUGCGCAAAUGUGCCAAGCAGAACAAGGCACUGCUGGAGAAUAUAAAAACCGCGGAGGACUUGGCAAAGGACGAGCUGAGCAAAAACAAGCCCGCUAAACAAAAUUCUGUCGCCAAGGGAGGAUCACCAUCGACUGGGAUCACACGAGCAGCGCCCAGUUCUGUGGCCAGACCCAGGAAACCACAAUGGGGCUUUCGGUCUGGAAACGACUGAACGACUGAAAAGCAAUCUACUUUACUGAGUCAGGCCCAAAGUUACAGCAUCUAUUUUUUUUUUUGUGAAUAAAUGUUCAAUGGUAAUUUUACAUAAUAAAUGAAUGAUAUCCAAAAGAUAUUACAGAAGCAUGAAAGGGGCACGGCUUAGGUGCACCAUAGACUGCAGGACCACAUGUUUGCAUUAGCUGAUGGAGAACCUGUGUUCAGUGGCAUUAAGCCAGUCAACAUAUCGAAAGACCCUAAUCAAGUUCCAUCAAAGCAGGGCAAAACUUACAUAAAUGUCAUUAGUCAGUGACCAGGAUGGUGUCGGAGAGAAGGUAGGCAGCAGGAUUUUUAGGGUGUUGAUUUGCAGCAUUUGUUGUAAUAUUGCAGUAUGUACAAUGUCUUUUCCAUAUCAUGUCAUGUCAAAUCCUAGACUGCCCAUGUAACGACACAAAAUACCUGAGCUCUUGCCCACCACUGGCAGUCAGGAUUGAUGUCAUCAAUAUGCUAUACAUUUUGCAAACCAUGUUUGAGUGCAAUGAAUAAAGUAGU